AAGUGUCGCGCUCGAGCCGCAUGGUCCAAGCUCCUGGUUUCCAGUGGAAGUUUCUAGGUGGCUGUAGCUGUAGCCGUAGCCGUGCAAACACUUUGCUUCAUAUACCACAGCCUGCCUUCACAACAACACCCUCUCAAAAUCAAUUCUCUUGCGCUUAUACCCGACCCUCUGGUCACUGUAACGACUCUACGCACGAAACAGUAAGUUGCAUAGUCGCACAGCAAUUGGCCUUAGCACAGCUAACAACCAUCAAGAAAACACAGCACCCCCGAAAGACAUUUCAUACACCAUCGCCAAAAUGUCUGGCGAAACGUUCGAGUUCCAGGCCGAGAUUUCUCAGCUGCUCUCUCUCAUCAUCAACACCGUCUACAGCAACAAGGAGAUCUUCCUCCGAGAGCUGAUCUCCAACUCUUCCGACGCCCUAGACAAGAUCCGCUAUGAAGCUCUCUCAGACCCAAGCAAGCUUGACAGCGGCAAGGACCUCCGCAUCGACAUCAUCCCAAACAAGGAGGCAAAGACGCUCACACUCCGCGAUACGGGUAUUGGCAUGACCAAGGCAGACCUUGUCAACAACCUCGGAACUAUUGCCCGCUCCGGCACCAAGCAGUUCAUGGAGGCAUUGACCGCCGGCGCUGACAUUUCCAUGAUCGGCCAGUUCGGUGUCGGUUUCUACUCUGCCUACCUCGUCGCUGACAAGGUGACUGUCGUCUCAAAGCACAAUGAUGACGAGCAGUACAUUUGGGAGUCAAGCGCCGGCGGCACCUUCACCAUCAAGCAGGAUACCGAAGGCGAGCAGCUUGGCCGCGGUACGAAGAUCAUCCUCUACCUUAAGGACGAGCAGACCGACUACCUCAACGAGAGCAAGAUCAAGGAGGUCGUGAAGAAGCACUCCGAGUUCAUCUCCUACCCAAUCUACCUGCAUGUUUUGAAGGAGACGGAGAAGGAGAUUCCAGAUGAGGAUGCUGAGGAGACCAAGGCCGACGAGGAAGACGAAGAGAAGAAACCAAAGGUAGAGGAGGUUGAUGACGACGAGGAAGAGGAAAAGGACAAGAAGAAGAAGACCAAGAAGGUCAAGGAGAGCAAGGUCGAAGAAGAGGAGCUCAACAAGACCAAGCCUAUCUGGACACGCAAUCCGGCUGACAUAUCACAAGAAGAGUACGGUGCAUUCUACAAGUCGUUGUCGAACGACUGGGAGGACCAUCUUGCCGUCAAGCAUUUCUCCGUUGAGGGUCAACUUGAGUUCCGCGCCAUCCUCUUCGUGCCCAAGCGUGCUCCUUUCGACCUCUUCGAGACCAAGAAGAAGAAGAACAACAUCAAGCUCUACGUGCGUCGCGUCUUCAUUACGGACGAUGCAGAGGACCUCAUUCCCGAGUGGCUAUCGUUCGUCAAGGGUGUCGUCGAUUCCGAAGACCUUCCGCUCAACCUCUCGCGUGAGACUCUUCAGCAAAACAAGAUCAUGAAGGUCAUCCGGAAGAACAUAGUCAAGAAGACCCUCGAGCUAUUCAACGAGAUUGCCGAAGACAAGGAGCAGUUCGACAAGUUCUACACCGCCUUCAGCAAGAACAUCAAGCUCGGCAUCCACGAAGACACCCAGAAUAGGCAGUCGCUCGCCAAGCUACUCCGCUUCCACUCCACCAAGACCGGCGCGGAUGAGAUCACCUCGCUCGCCGACUACAUUACCCGCAUGCCGGAGCAUCAAAAGCAGAUGUACUACAUCACCGGCGAAUCCACCAAGGCCGUCGAAAAGUCGCCAUUCCUCGACGCUCUCAGGGCCAAGAAUUUCGAGGUUCUCUUCCUUGUCGACCCGAUCGAUGAGUACGCGUUCACGCAGCUGAAGGAGUACGACGGCAAGAAGCUCAUCGACAUCACAAAGGAUUUCGACCUUGAGGAGACGGAGGAGGAGAAGAAGCAGCGUGAGGCUGAGGACAAGGAGUACGAGUCGCUGGCCAAGAGCUUGAAGAAUGUGCUCGGGGAGAAGGUCGAGAAGGUCGUUGUCAGCCACAAGCUCGUCGGCGCACCGUGCGCCAUCCGCACGGGCCAAUUCGGCUGGUCUGCUAACAUGGAGCGCAUCAUGAAGGCGCAGGCUUUGCGUGACACCUCUAUGUCCUCGUACAUGAGCAGCAAGAAGACGUUCGAGAUCUCGCCCAAGAGCCCGAUCAUCAAGGAGCUGAAGAAGAAGGUGGAGACGGAUGGUGAGGGCGAUCGCACCGUCAAGUCCAUCACUACUCUCCUCUACGAGACUUCGCUCCUUGUGUCUGGCUUCACCAUCGACGAGCCGGCGGCGUACGCUGAGCGCAUUCACAAGCUUGUCUCGCUCGGCCUGAACGUGGAUGAGGAGGUCGAGACGAGCGAGGAGGCGGCCGCGGCCGAGAAUGUACCCGCGGAGGAGAAGGCAACGGGUGAAAGUGCUAUGGAGGAGGUUGACUAAAUGUAUCACCUCGGCAUUCGGCGUUGUUCAUGGAUCAGAGCAGAGCAGGCGUUUGACUGCAUCAGCGUGCGAAAGAUGCAUGCUUAGUCCGG